AUGGCGCAGAACACAAGCGCUGAUAGCACGGUAUCCAUGCCGCGGCUGGAAGAUAUCCUGCGCCAUCCGGAGGAUCUCGACAAGAUCAAUGGCUUGAAAGCCGAAUACCAACGCAAGAAAGCGGCCGUCGACUCCCGACUCCGCGAAGGCCUUCGUGAACAGCUCGAGGCCGUGCAGCGCAGUAUUGGAUUUUUGACCGAGGGUCAACGACAAGUCUCAAAGACUCGAGACGAACUACAAUCGAUUGAUAAGCUAUGCGCCGAAUCACAGGACAGCGUGGAGGAUUUUGCUCAGAUUGACAGAUUGGCUCGGAUUCAACGGCAUUUCGACGCUACGUUAAUGAUGAAGAAGGGAUUGGAGAACUUUGGCGCGGAUCUGGAGGAGGUGGAAGAAUUGUUGAAGGAAGAUGACGAUGAUCUGGAGAACCAGCCGAAUCUUCUCAAGAUUCAUAUGCAGAUCUCCCGUCUACGAGAUUUCCGUGACGAAGCCAUGGACCAGAUCCAGAAGUCUCGCGAUUCUAGUAGUGUGGAGACCUUGGAGGAAUAUUUCCAAGGACUAGAUUCGGCUAUUGAUUGGUUCGACGACCAUCUUGGUACCGCGUGCAUUAACCUGAUUCCGUUGGUCCAAGAAGAUAACAGGAGUAUGGUGGUUCGAUUAGCGGUGGUUGUAAUGAACGAGGAGAAGAAUGACGACACAGUCAAGGCAUUACAGGAAGCUCAAAAAGACCACAAGGACUUGGCAAGACGCUUCAAGUCUAUGAAUAUCGGCCCGAAGACCGUUCGAGGCUACAAGGACAAAUUCCUUCAGGCGAUUGAAUUCUACGCACAGAAUCAGUUCAACAACACCAAGGACGAGUUCCUCGCGGACCCGGAUCUCAUGGAGAAGAGCUUUCGGUGGUUCUUCAACGACCUCUUCACAGUCAAGCAAGGUAUGCAGCCGCUCAUGCCGAAAAAGUGGAAAAUCUACAAAACAUACACGGAUAUUUAUCACCGCAUGAUGCAUGACUUCCUCGUUGAAUUCAUCGACGACCCUGAAGUUCCUGCGGACAAUCUACUCAAGAUCAUUCACUGGAGCGAUAAAUACUACAAGAAGAUGAAGAAGCUGGGCUGGAACCCCGCCGAGCUCCAACCUAAUCUUUUGGAUGACCGCGAACCGGAACUGGUGCGACAGUGGCAGAGUGUUAUUAUCAACACCGUGGAGGAAUGGAUGGACCGGAUCUUCGACACCGACAAGAAAGCUCUCGUGGAGCGACAGGCAGAUGCCCUAGAUACCAACGCAGAUGGAUACUUCCGGACCAAGACACAGGCAGAUAUGUGGCGUAUGCUGCACGAACAGAUCAUGGCGGCUGGGCAAUCCGAAAGGGCCGACGUUGUCGAGGGGGUCAUUGAUGCUAUGUUCCGGGCUCUGAAGGGCCGACAGAGUGCCUGGCAGGCACUUCUUGAUGAAGAGUGCAACAAAGCCAAGGAUCCCAGUGGGGACAACGAAGGCGUGCAACUGCUGCAGGACUGGUUGGUCGGUGUAGCCAAUGAUCAGAUUGCCUGUAUCGACGACAAUGAGGAGACCGGGCAGCUGGGCUAUUUAACUCGAUUUAAGGCCGACGUCGAGCCGGUCGUAACAGCCAAAUACAUGGCGACUCGUGCCACGUCCGAACUUGACGCUCUACGAGACGGAUACGUCGAUCUGAGCACACACUGCAUGGCACUAUUCGUGGAUAUUGUUUUCACGGUGGACCUCAGAACUGUGCUCAUGGAUCUCUUCACGCCCCGAUGGUACAGCGAAUUCGCCAUCAAGCGUAUCACCACCACCUUUGAUGAUUACUUGGUCGACUACAGCCCAGUCCUGCACCCCUCCCUCGUCGAUAUCCUAGUCGAAGAAUUCUCAGAUGAGCUACUAGUGCGGUAUCUCUCGUCAGUCCGCAACAAGGGCGUCAAGUUCCGCCGCCAAGUGGACCCUUUCACCGACAAAUUCAAGGACGACAUCCUCACCGUGUUCGACUUCUUCCAGAAAUACGAAGACUCUUUCCCUUCUAUUAAGCAAAAGUGGCGAUUGGUCGACUGGCUGGUCCGCUUGCUUGAAGCUGAGAAGGGUCAAGCUAUUGUGAAUAUCUACGAGUCAUUUAAGAACGAGUACUGGGAUCUACAGUUGUCUUGGGUGGAAGCUGUCCUCCGGACUCGGGAUGACUUUGAGCGCAGUAUGAUCAGCUCGAUUAAAGCCAAGGCGGCUGAGUUAUCUGUUGAGCGUGGCGUGGAGACAAUCAUGAGCCGUCUGAGGUGA